AUGGAGAGUCAUGAUCCUCAUGUGCCUCAAAAUUUCUUCGAUGAUACAUAUUUAUUGCCUAGUUUCUAUACGCCUGAGAAUAAGGAGUUAUUUGCAGAUAUCCAUAAUAGCAUCAGGAGGAACUUGCUUAGCUCCACUUUUAUAUAUUUCAAGCAUACUGAGUUCAAAAGGCUAAAGGAAGAUGAUGACUUCUUUGAAUUCAGAAAAUUUUAAGAAUCAAAAGAAGCAUUCUUCAAUUGCUAUAAUGGUAAAUCUUUGCAAUCUGGAAGAAACUAUAGACUGCUUGAUUCCCAGACUUGGAUUUUUAAUAGAAAUGGAACAAAUGAUUCUAAAUACUUAAUCAAGUGUUAUUAUACUUACAAGGAUCAAUUCAGGUCAAAGUU